AUGUCCUUGAAAGAUCUCGAGUCGUGGCAUAAUGUCGUCGGAACUAAAUCGAUAGACUGUACAGACCUAACCUGUCUAUUUCCCGGUGCCUCCCUUAAGUACACAGGUAUCAGCGACUUCUAUGCCGACCUCGAUGGCACCGCCUACGUGGCUUGGCUGAUACCGGUUAUUAAGUCUGAUGCUGAUACUUCUCCUACGUCUCUUAUGGAUUGA